UAAGUAUAAUAUCUAACAAAAAAUGUAUCACAUGUGGGCGAUACAAAAUCGAUGAUCACUAAAACAUAAAUAAUAUCGCGUAACUACACAUGUUUUAGGCUAACAAAAAAGUUAUCCAAAUCGAGAACAAAUUCAUGAUCUCAAUCACCUCGUCUUAGACUUCAGCAUAUACAAGCUCAUCCAUUUUCUUUUUUCAGAUGAAGAAACUUCAAGAGGAUCAUGUCUGAACUUAUCUCGAAGGAGAAGAAUCACAGAUUGAAAAAAAUGAAUUCUGUGGUAUCAAUGGAAUCAAAGAUCUCACAGAGAUUUUCGAAAUUAAUUAAAUAAAUUGUGGGAAUUCGCAAUAUGUUGGAUGUAGAUUGCCUAAGCUUGAUACAAUAGUGAGAUAAUGAAUUUUUGAAAAGAAAACAGAGCUCGUGAUAGAGAAGAAGGAAAGAGAGAAAAUGAGAGAGAUCUAGGAGAAGAGAUGAGAGAGAGUUAAGAGGGUAGGGACAUUAUUGGAUUUUUCGAAAGUGAACAGUGCAAUGAGCAUUUUCCUAAUUAUGGUUUGUUUCAUGUAUAUGGCACCUAAUUUCUCAUUUUAAUAAUACUUUUAAGAUAAUAAAUAAUUAUUUUAAUAAAUGUGUUUUACCUAAAAAAUCUUAUAUUUAGAAACAGAGGGAGUAUGUGUUUAUCAACAUUCAUAUUCAUAUUUUCUUAAAGACCAAUACACAAAUACUACCAAAUUUACAACAUUUAUUUUAAGAGAAAUUCUUGGGUUCACCUCAUAGGUGAACAUAUAGGUUCACCAACCAAUGAGAAUUAGUUAUUUUAUAUACAAAUUUUUUCAAAAAAAGAAACAUAAUAUUUAGAAUAUAUUUUUUAAAAAUAAAAGGAUAAAAAUAAAUAAAAAGAGUAUUAUCAAUAAAACAUGAAUUUUUAACAUUGUUAAAAUCGUUGAUACUAAAUCAUAUACCCUAAAUCCUAAACACUAAACCUUAAACCCUUGAUUAAACCCCUAAACCCUUAGGUAAAAUAUAAAAAAAUAAAUAGAAAAUAGUAGCAGCCAUAAAAAAAAAGAAUUCUUUAAUGUUAUUAAAACCGUUCGUACUAAAACCUAAAUCAUAAACUCUAAACCCUAAACUUUUGAGUAAAUCCUAAACCCUUGGGUAAAGAGAUAUUCCAAGGCUUAUGAGUCUAUCCAUGGGUUUAGAAUUUACCCAAUGGUUUAGGGUUUAGUGUUUACCUAAUGGUUUAGGGUUUCAUGUUUAGAUUUUAUGGUUUAAAGGUUUAGUGUUUAGUAUGAAUGGUUUUAACAAUAUUAAAAAAAUGUUAUUGCUAUUACACUUUUUUAUUUAUUUUCUAUCAUUUAUUUUUAAAAAUAAAUUCUAAAUAUUCUAUUUCCUUUUUGAAAAAAAAUGUAUAUAAAAAACCCAAUUCUCAUUGGUUGGUGAAACCUAAGAAUUUCUCUUAUUUUAAUUAAUUUUCUAUUAUUAUAAAGAAAAUUAUUCCUUUUUUUUUUUCCUUAGAGUAAACAAGGACAAACCCUAAAACACCAACAACCGUUUAAGAAAAACCUAUCAUGAUGACGCCCAAAGUGGAGAUGAUCGGUUCCAACAAAACGAUACGCAACGACCCUAUGCUUAUCCUCGACCUGGUUAUAUUGGUCAUGGAACGAUUAAGCUUUGUUGAUUUUCAUAGAGCUAGAUGCGUUUCUUCAGUAUGGUAUUCCGCUUCAAAAUCAUGCCGCAUGAGACAAGCAAACCCAUGGCUCAUCCUCUUUCCUGCAGACGUACUUCACUUACCUCUGGAAAGCAUCGACGAUUCAUGUAAGUUGUUCGAUCCUAUUGACCACAAAACAUACACCGUAAGAGAUCUCGGUUCUGAUAUCCUUAGGACUUCUUGUUUGGCAAGUUACAAUAGCUGGUUCCUCAUGUUAGACCGUAAAACCCGUUUUUAUCUUUUGAAUAUGCUCACUCGAGAGAGGAUUCAUCUCCCGUUUCUUGAUUCAAUGGAAUCAACCGACGGAUCAAAGUUGAAAUUCAAGAGAAAUUUUGACUCUAGUUUCACGGUUACAACAUUCCGUUACAAUAACGUACCAUUAUUAUCAACGUGCUUUGGAAUAGACGCUGCCGUUUUGUGGGUAGAUGAAAGAAACAAAGAUUAUCUAGUUGUGUGGGCUUUUGAUCGCACUCUUGCAUAUCACAAGAAAGGAGACGAUAGCUGGAGGGUGUUUCGGUCAUCAACGAAUCAAAGCUGCGUCGAUAUGGUUUUUAAAGAAAGCAAGCUUUACGUGCUUGUUGAAGACGGAAGCAUCACUACUUUUGAUUUCUCUUGCGGUGAUUCUCCUAUGGAAUUUGCAAGUUUCACCACGUCACCCGAGUGUUGUGACUUCGAACAUCUUGCUGUGACUUUGUCUGGACAAGUUUUGGCUAUUUCAAGUGAGGAGAGACACUCAUAUGACAUGUACAAGAUGGAUCCUAAAUCAUCAAAAUGGAGUAUAAUCAAGUCUCUAGGGGACGAAGCAUUGCUUUUGGAUCAACGAAUAACGGUUCCAGCCAAAGAUGGAGUUUUGAAAAAUUGCUUAUAUUGUAGUUAUAAUGAUCAGUUUCGUAGAGACGAUGACUAUAACCUACGGGAGGAUGAUAACGGCAUUUGCGUCGUCAAUAUUCAGAACAAUAAUGAAGUUCAAUUUUUCAACCAUCUUACUGCUUCGUCGCCACUACCUUUCAAGGAUGCUCGUUGGUUUAUUCCCACUUUUGGUGGAAAAUGA